UCCUUGCAGACAUCGAACCCUAAUCCAGUCUCGGCGUUCCCCCUCGCGCCUGACAUGCUCUAGCUUCCUCCGUCCGCGUGCUGUUUUCCGUCGCUUUGUUCCUUCGGCAUUGCUGUGUCCUUCCUCUCUUCUCGCUCUCCCUUCGUUCUGCUUGUCGCCGGCGUCCAGGUCUGCUUGCUAGCUCGCUCGUUUAUAUGAAUGUUCAAGGUAUCCAUCUAUCUGGCCUCCGAAUUUUGAAGAAUCUACAAUGAAGGAGCAGAUAGACAUUGCAGACACUAAGGUGCUGGUUGAUAUUGUAAAAUUGGUACAAAAAAAAGGAAUGGAGGGUAAGCUGGGAAACUGGCAUAACUUCUUACUCAGUCAUGAUAAAAAGUUUGGGUCCUGUCUGCGUGACCCAGCAAGGAGGUCCCGUGAGACAUUGGUUGCAUUUCUAAAGACGUUUACAAAGCAGAGCGAUUUAAAGAUUUUUGAUGCCAUCAUCCGACGCCAUUCUAAUCAAGACUUAUUUAAGCUAUACAAAGGAAAAUCUGAUGGCAUCCCUGAGCAGAGGCUUGUCCAAAACACUUUGCAGCACCCAUUGUAUCCAUUGGAUUAUGCAUUUGGAGAAGUUGAUGAGGACUGGGUUGUUAUAAACCUUAGUAAAAAAAACAGGGUGCUGAAAUUUACCAAGAUGAUUGCUAUUGAUUGUGAAAUGGUUCUCUGUGACGAUGGAACUGAAGCAGUAGUAAGUGUCUGUGUGGUUGACCGCAAUUUGAAGGUUAAACUAAACAAGCGUGUUCACCCAAACAAAGCAAUUGCUGACUACAGAACGGAGAUUACUGGUGUCUCUCCUAAAGAUCUCGAAGGUGUCACGUGCUCAUUGUCUAAGAUACAGAAAUUCUUGAGAAAGAUGUUAGUGGAUGGAACAAUUUUAGUGGGACAUAGUUUGCAUAAUGAUCUGCGUGCUCUGAAGCUAGAUUAUGUUAGGGUGAUUGACACCUCAUAUAUCUUCCAAUACCCCGAUGAUAAUACUCACAAGAGACCUUCUUUGAAUACUUUAUGUAAGGCUGUGCUAGGUUAUGAAGUUCGGGAAGCAGGUGCUCCACAUAAUUGUCGUGAUGACGCAACGGCAGCAAUGAAACUUGUUCUUGCUAAGAUAGAGCAUGGUGUUGAUUAUGCAAUUCCCUUGCCUCAACCGCUUGUUGUUGAAAGUGAUAUGGCUAAGCUUCUUCUUCACAAGAUAUCAUGUCGGGUUACUACUGAAGAGCUGCGUAAAGUUGUUCCUGGAGAUUUCAAUUUACAGCUGGGGCCACGUAAAGGGGCAAUAUAUUCUGCCUAUGCCAUCUUCAAAAAUCCACAAGAGGCCAAUAAGGCCUUUGAAAGUCUCCAGGGCCACCAAGAACAGGAUUCAGAUCGACGUCCACAGAAACUUGUCGAAUUCCAGCUCAAUACAGGCAAGAAAGCCAGUAUUUAUGUUCGGAAAAUGGCACCGGAUGGCCCCAGUGACUCUAAGAGAGAUCUAGAAGCGGCAGAAAUUGAAGGGAAAGCGUCAAAGAAAGCAAAGAUGGACCCUGAAAUUGAAGGGAAUACCCCGACCAUCUCUAACAAGUGCGAGACCCACUUGAAUGAGAUUGAAGCAUUAAAUCAGCGACUGAAAGAAAGUGAUUUGGAGAUUGAAUCGCUGAAGCAACAGUUGAAACAAAAGGAAUAUGAAAUCUCCAUACUGAAUAAAAUGGUGUACUCCUUGAACAAGAAAUUAGGGAAAUGAUACGGCCAUGAAAUGAACUUUUGUUUGCUCAAAAUUAGUUGAAAGAUGCUCUGAUGUUUACGAGGUAUUAUGAGAUCACAAGACUCACCAAAUGAGGGAUUCUGAAAUCGUGCGGGUUCUGCCCAUGAAAUUUUGGGACCAAGGUUUUGUAUCAUUCAUGUGGUGGUCGCUUGUAACCCAUUUUAAUUGCCACCUUGAUUUGUGGCUUUUAGCACAUUUAAAUGAAAGGAGAGACUGUGUAUUCGACUGUA